GGCGGACCUCUGACAAGAGGAAUAGUCAUCGGUGCUCACGUGUUUAUUUGUAGCAUAACGCCCCAGGCAAGAGCAGUUGUCUGACAUCCAGGCCGUGGAGAGGAGCGGGCUGGUUUAUAGUCAUAUUCCUGGAAAUCGAAAGGACUAGGAAAAGACUUGUUUCGUGUGUGAAAGCAGACGUUGUGUUGCAAGAGUGUAUCUGCUGCUUGUGUUAUGGAAGUUUAGAGGCACCAUACCUGCAUUGAGGGUGCCUGGGGCCGUGCACACACCACCACGCCAGCGAGGUGCUGUUAGAUGGCCGAGACACGCCUACUUCAAACGCCAUGGCUGCCACCCAGCACGUAGACGAUGGCGUCCCGCUCGGACAGUGGCAACGAGACCCGCGGGUCCUCGGAGUCUGACAACUCGCCCACUCCCACACCCACCAAAGACCUUGAGCACCAGAAGCAGCAGCAACAAGAGAAGGAACAGCACCAGCAGCAGCAGCAACAGCAGCAGCACACCAGAGACGCCCAGAGCAUCCGAGACCUACAUCAGCAGCCAAGACCCAAGCCUCUGCACGUGCCCUCCUGCAGCCGCGGGUUCCUGCCGCUCGUCUCCGCCUCGGUGCCCAUUCCCGCCCCUGACCCUGCCCUCGUCCCCUCCUCCACCGCCAUCAGCCGCGCGCAGCAAGGCCACCGCUGCACCACUGCGCGCAUCAACCCCCUCACUACGCCCAUCUCCCGCACCACGCCCGCCGUCACGCCCUACACGCGCACCACCAUCAUCAUCCCGUCAGCGCCCCGCGUCACCCUGGCACCCACCAUACGCACCACGCCCACCGCCACACCCUCACAACGCACCACUCCCACGGCCACGCCCUCCCAGAGAACCACGCCCACGGCCACGCCCCAACGGGUCACGCCCACCAUCAUCUCCCAGAGAACGACGCCCGUGACGCGGCCCUCCAGGUUGACGCCGUCGUCCACCAGACUCACGCCCACGACACACAACCAACGGCCGCCGCCCCUCAGACCACUGCCUCGAAGACCCCCGUCCUCAGGCAUGGGCUCCGCAGGGUCGGUGCAUGUCGGGGCGCCUUUGGGCCCCCUCACCUCGUCGCGCGGGAGGCAACGGAACAGCGUGGCGGUGGUGGACUCCCGUGAGCACAUCUACGAAGAGCUGGAGCUGUGCCGCGGCCCCCCCAAGCUGGCGCCCGUGUCCGGAGUGCUGCCUCAGGGUAAGGUUGUGAUCCGGCCCAUCGCCUUCAAGCCCGUGGCGUCACCCGGGUUACAAGGCAUCUCCCCCCCGACCAACGGCGGUGUCAUCGGCGGGGGAUCCUCGGCGGGCUUCGUGGUGCACUCCUCCGGCGUGUCCCCCGCCGCCAAGCCCGACCCUCGCUACACCUCCGCCCCCACCCUGGCCAGGGGGGUCAUCCACCACUAUGGCAGUAUGGGUGACCUCAAAACCCUGAGCCACAACAGUUAUUCAUUAGAUCGCCGCGGCCUCACCACUCCUCUCUCGUCCAGAGGCCACAGUGAUCAGCACACCAGUGAUAACAAGUACAAUAGUCUUACUAAGCUCCACAAUAGUAAGAACACCUCACUGAAUAACAAGAAUAGCUACAGUAAUAUUAACAAUAAUAAUAUUAGUAAUAGCCACAACACAAGCAUCAGCAGUAAUGGCAGCUACAGUAGCAGUAACAAGAGUCCGUCUACCUGCCCACCUGCCCAGGCCCGGCCACCCUCACACCAGUCAACCUGUAGUAACAUAGAAGACGGCCACAACCACCACAAGUUUGCUCAAGACGGAAGACUCUCAAACCAUUAUGAGAGUUCAUUGGAUAAUAGACUCUCAAGCACAUAUGACAAUCCUACCGUGUACACACGCAUAAAUGGGUAUUCCAAUAGUGACCUUCCUCGCUACGAUAGCCUAAAAAACCUUUCUAGUGACUCAGGACACUCCUUUGUUCACCACCUACACAGCCAGCCAAUGACCAAUGGCCUGCACCAGCGGAUAGGCGGCUCUGUGACCAAUCUCUCUCGCAUCAGUAAUGUUCACCACUCAGGCUCUGUUCAAGGACUUGAUCGACCUGGCUCAAGCAUAAGGCUGGACAGAUCUGCAUCAGUCACAGGGUCAAACCUGGACAGAUCUGGCUCAGUCAGUGGCUCCAAUUUGGGGUUAGACAGAUCAGUAUCAGUGACUGGCUCCAAUCUGGGCCUGGACCGUACCAUCUGUGGCUCAGUGUCAGGCUCAUUGAGUGAAUUGACACUGGAUGAGCACCACCAGACCCCGUCUCCCUCAGACUCAGGUGUGGCAGAGCUGGAGGCCAUGCUGAAAGAGAAGGACUCUGAAAUCAACACACUACGAGAAACCAUGGAGCAGAAUGAGCAGGUUAUAUUUAAGGUGUAUGAGGAGAAGGAAAAGACAUGGGAGCGUGAACUGAAGAAGAUUCGGGACUUGUAUGACUCAAGGCUGAAGGGAGCCCAGCAGAAGGCUCUGAAGAUGGAGCAGUCUCUCACCACACAGACUUACCAGCUUCAGCAAGAACGCAGAAAGCUAAUAGCAGAAUUAGAGGAGGUUCGAAGGGAGCGUGAUGGACAGCAAAGUCAAACAGAACAACUAAGAAGAGAAUUGAAUUCUUUGAGAGCUCAACUAGAAGAAACAGAAUGGAGCCUCUGCCAAAAAUCAGGUGAAAUAUCCUUACUGAAAACACAACUCAAGGACUCACAAGGCGACCAGACGACACGUGGACAUGAGCUUCUCCACUUACGGGCACAGGUGCGGCAGUACCAGACGGAGGUUGAGCGACGUCGAGCAGAGAUCAACUCUCUCCAUGACUUGAUGGCUCAGCAGAGAAGAGAAUCUGAGGACAUGCGCUUACAAUUAGAUCAGGCUCAGCAGCAACAGUCACAAGCACGAGCACACGACCAAGACCUCAGCCUUCAAAUGGACAAGCUGAAGAGUGAGGUUGAGGGUAUGAAAAAGGAGUGUGAACUGCAAAGACAACAAUUUGAGGAGGAAAGAGUGAGAUGGGUUGAGGAGAAGGAACGAGUGAUAAGAUACCAGAAGCAGCUACACCAGAACUAUGUUGCCAUGUUUGGCCGUAACCGUCAGUUGGAGGAGGAAGUGGCAAGACUAACGGGAGUCCCAUUGCCCCCAUUGAAAUCAUUAAGUCCUCCCAAAUUCCCAGCAGCUUAUGCAGACAUUAGAGAAACUUCUGGCCCACAGUUACCCAGUGAAUCUCGUUGUUGAGGAAAGGGUAACAGAGGCUUUCUACUGUUAGAUUUAGAAACAAUUAUAGAUUUUUAUUAUGUAAUUUUGUAGGAUACCUCAUUAAUGAUUUUAAUGUAUGUAUAAAAGUCAUCUUAUAUAACUGAUGUGGUUAAUGUCAAUAUUUUAUUAGUGACCUCAUAUAAAAGUUGACAUGUUUGAAGGGAUUGAGUAUCUAAGCAUAUGGAAUAUUUUAAUAGCUAAUGGCUGAAUACCAACUGAUGCUGAGGUAUGAAAAAUUUGCUUUUUGUACUGCAGAAAAAAUAUUUUAUCAGAAUGUACUUAACAGGUAGAAAUUACCUUAAUUUUGAUUUCUAAAUAUUCCUGGUGAAAUUAUGCUCACUGUUCUCAUGUUUCUUCAUAACAUAGUAGGUAUCACACAAUGUAAAUGAACUGUAUAGUACUCAUCAUGUGGAUUUACAUAUUAAAAAUAUAUUGAAUUGUUUUAGUGUCUAGCCAAAGGUUAUAUCUAGUUUCAAUGAUAUGUUUAGAAAUAAAGCACCAUAGUUUUUUAAGAAUGUUAUAUAUCCAGUCAAGUGUGAGUGGUUUGAUAUAUAAAGCACAGAAUUUUAAUAAAUUUAUAUUUAUUUCUUAUAAUGCUAUAAGCAAUACUGCAUUAGUUAUGGGUUUUAGUGGUUUAGAUAAUUUUAAAGGUGAAUAUUUAGUCAAAGUUCCUCUUAGUCAAGCUGACUAUGACUGCCCUCAUUGUUUGGAAGCUGUGUUAAGAUAUUUUGAACAGCGUUGCAAUGAGAUGGUGGCAGUCUUGUCAGACAUAAUUUCUGUCCACACAAGGAAUGAGUAUUGAUUUGACACUUUUGCACAUUAUGAGAUGGUGUGUAUCAGAACUUUACAUCCAAGGUUAUAUACUUCUCGCACACAAGUAAUGAAUGAGUGCAAGUUGUACCGACACUGACAGGCCUUACAGGGUGAGGCUUACUACCUCUUCCUUCUCUUAGCUUUUUAUACUACUGUUUUAUUUCUCAUGUCAUUGUCAAAAGUUUUUACAUCAAACCAUAUGACUUCAUUGUAGGAUUUUUGUUUGUAUUUUAGUCUGAAAAAGAUGAUCAGCCUUAUGAAGAUUAUUGAUAAUGUUAAAUUUGCAGUAUCUUUAAUAGGUUUCUUGCACCCCCUCCUACACCUGCCCCACCAAACACUUUUUGUAUGAAUAUAUCAUUUAGUAUUGACAAACACCUAUGUGCAAAAAUGUCAAAAUAACUCAUCAACAUUAGUCAAUACACUAAUUAUGUUCAAUAUAAUUUAAUGAAGAGCAAGAUAAAAAAAAGUUUACAACCACAUACAGUUUUCUUGUGAAAAUUGGAAAAUGUGGUGAAGGCAAAAUUGUUAUCUAUCCUAGAAAUGCAUCUAAAUUUGUACCUUGGAAUUAUAUACCACUAGAGUAAUCAAGUGUAGGGUGUUAAGUCAUAUUCAACUGAUUUCUAAGUGCAAAUAUGAUAUUAGUAAUUGGUAUCUUUGGAUUAACAUUUACACUAAGCCUUGGAGUUAUUAUAAAUGCACAAAAAACAUGAAAAUACUCCGUACAGAGUGAGGGAACUUUUUGCCAAACCCGGACUUUCUCAUGAUAAUGGAAGCAGACCUUUGAAACUUGUAAAAAUGUUAUUUCAUAUAUAUAUGAAAUGUGAACUGAAAGGAAUUUAACUUAACAGGAACAAUAUUGUAAUAUAUAUGGUCGCUAACUUAGUUUUUUAAAGUAACAGGAAAUAUGAAGUCAGCUGCUACACAGAAGAGAUCAAACUUGUCAUGUGGUUAAUGGUUAAUUAUGACAUUUUAUUAAUGGUAAUUUUCCAUAACCUGCAAAGAAUAAAAUCCUAAACAUCAA